AUGUUCAAAGCGCUACGGCGCCUGCAUGGUCAGAAUCUGGAAAGUCGUGGCCUGAACGACAUGUCCGAAGCCUUUCAAUCGUUUGUGUCGCAUUGCUCCCUACCACGGGAAGACAGACGACUUUCGAUGUUUGGCACACUGCCAAAGAAUUUGAAAAACUGCGGCACAGCAACUUUGACGUUCAAGAGGCCUGAAGAUGCCGAAAAAGCGAAAAAUGCCGCACCUGAAGAGCUCAAGUUUUACGAGCAGUUCAUGGUCGUGACACCAUUCGUUUCGAGGCGGAAAGGCGGAAAAGGUGUGAUACUCACUGAUGAUAGCCAAGAUGAAACGUUCAACCUUUCUCGUGCGUCAUCUAAUCAGUCUCUAGCUUCGACGACAAUGUCAUUAAGCACUUUUGAGGGACGAUCUAUGGACGAUAUUGCUACAAGUGCGCUUGAACGAAUCGCCGCCUAUUUGCCAGUAAAUGACACCAUUCGCAUGGAACGGGUUAGCAAGCGGUGUAUGGAGGCGUCGAUGAAGUCCAUACUGAGACGUGCUGGAGUUCAUCUCAAGUCGCUAGAUCUUAGUGGUAUAGUGCAUUUGAUGGACGAGAAAGCUCUAGAAAUCAUUGCAACAAGUUGCCCAUUAUUAGAAGAGUUGGAUCUUUCUGGCGUGCGAGCGUCAUGGGAGGCUCUCGGCGAUCUAGGCGAGUCUCUAACAAACCUAAAGAGGUUGACGUAUCGUGAUAUGGAUAGCGCUUCAGACAAGGCUUUCUGGUUCCUUAUCAAAGGAUGUGGUCGAGGCCUCCACUUUAUCGAUCUACGCGGGUGUCGCCGAUUGCAUGGUAGAUGUUUCCGAUUGUUCGGAGAUCGAUUGGAGCAGUUAUACUUGGAUGGAUGUGUGCAUGUGGACGAGAGGGCAAUUGAAGAUCUAUGCACCUGUGCAGCUGGUCUGAAGGAGCUACGGCUAAAUGAUUGUUAUCAGAUCACGGAUGAAAAUUUAAGUAUGAUUUCUCGAACGAUGUCGGAUUUACGGGUGUUCACAUUGUGCGGUGACCGUUUUGAGAAACUUUCAUCGGCCGGUUUGGCUCAUAUCAGCAAUAUGACAUCGUUAACAGAGCUGGCCCUAGAUUAUAACCCUCUAGUAGACGACAAGUUUCUAAUUUCAAUAUGCGAAGAGCUGAAAAACCUGAAAACGCUGAGUUUGGCCAACGCCGGAACUGAUCAAACGUUGACUGCCAAAGGACUCGCAGCCAUUGCUCAAUUAAAAGCAUUGGAGCAGGUAGGGAUUACUAUUCUUUUUUUCUUGCUCCCUUUGUUCACAUAUGCACAGUAUCGGACUUUCUUGCGCAAAAUGCUGCACAGAAAAUUCACCGCGAACUUUAUUCGAAGGUACAAUUCGAGAUCCAAAUAA